AUGGUUUCCUGUCCCAUCUGUGAGAAGUUGGUUCCUCAAUUAAAGAUCAACGACCACAUCGAUUCCGGCUGCCAGCGCUUUAUCGAAGAGCCAUCCUCUCCAGAGGCAUCCCAAAAGGCAGUUCCAAGCAUAUUCCAAACCCCGUCCGCACGCAAAGCCUCCCAAUCCAAUAUCACGAAGGAGUCGCCAUCGCGGCCCACGGCAACCCCACGUCCUCUGAACGGCAAGAGAUCAUUCACCCAAGAAACCGAAACCCCACGGGAGCAAGAUGGGCCAAAGCAAACAAAUACAAAUUCUAGAGAGCCACAAGCAAAGCGUCCGAAGACCAAUGCGUUCCACCAAGCAGCUCCACUGGCCGAACGUAUGCGACCUAAGACCUUGGAGGAAGUCUGCGGCCAAGAACUUGUCGGGGCUAAUGGAGUUCUGCGUGGGCUCAUCGAACAAGACCGAGUACCAAGUAUGAUUCUUUGGGGUAGUGCUGGAACUGGUAAAACUACUAUCGCUCGAGUAAUUGCCUCGCUGGUGGGCAGCAGGUUUGUGGAGAUCAACAGCACCAGCAGUGGUGUGGCAGAGUGUAAAAAGAUAUUCGCCGAAGCUCGCAGUGAGCUGGGCCUGACCGGGAGGAAGACCAUCAUCUUUUGUGAUGAAAUCCAUCGAUUUUCGAAAUCACAGCAGGAUGUCUUUCUAGGCCCCGUGGAAAGCGGCCAAGUCACCCUCAUCGGUGCCACAACGGAAAACCCGUCAUUCAAAGUCCAAAAUGCACUUCUUUCCCGAUGUCGGACAUUUACUCUCUCCAAGCUCUCUGAUGAGGAUGUCACUUCAAUUCUUCAGCGUGCGCUUCGAGUUGAAGGUCCUAACUAUUCACCUUCGGAAUUAGUCGAUGAUGAGCUGGUGCAGUAUCUGGCUCGGUUUGCGGAUGGCGAUGCCCGCACUUCGCUGAAUCUGCUGGAGCUAGCAAUGGACUUGUCAAAAAGACCUGGAAUGGAUAAAGAUGUUCUGAAGAAAUCUUUGACCAAGACGCUGGUCUAUGACCGUGCUGGAGACCAGCAUUAUGACACAAUAUCCGCCUUUCACAAGUCGAUUCGGGGAAGCGACCCAGACGCUGCACUCUACUACCUUGCUCGCAUGAUUCAAUCGGGCGAAGACCCAUUGUAUAUCUCUCGGCGAUUGAUCGUGGUCGCUUCGGAGGAUAUCGGGCUCGCCGAUAACACCAUGCUGUCGCUUGCCAUCGCCACACAUUCUGCUGUGGAGAAGAUCGGGCUCCCAGAGGCACGGAUUAACCUGGCACAUGCAACUGUGGCAAUGGCGCUGUCAAAGAAGAGUACUCGGGCGUAUCGUGGCCUGAAUAAUGUCAAUGCUGCCUUGAAUGAGCCAGGUGUUGCAGGACUACCUGUUCCUGUUCACCUGAGAAAUGCCCCUACUAAGCUCAUGAAGGAGCUUGGAUAUGGCGCAGAGUACAAGUAUAACCCGAAUUAUAUCGAUGGGAAGGUGCAGCAAGAUUACUUACCUGAACAACUCAUCGGCCGCACCUUCUUGGAAGACUUGGAUCUCGGUACCCAAAGAGACCGUGAUAUGAACAUUCCAUCUCGGUGA